GCUACAAGCGCUUCAUUGGAUUGAUUUUUGUAAAUGCAAGUGAAAAGGUGAAUUAAAGUGAUUAAAAGUCGAAAUUUUCCCGCAAUUCUGGAUGCAAGGGCACUUGCACGCAAGGGAAUACAGGAAUAUCGCUUUGAAAUUACGAAAUAGGUAAAAUCGCGCGUAAAAUUAUGUCAACAAAGAUUUUCGCACCAAACAACUACGUCACAUACUGAUUCGGAAAAUGUGGUUACGACGUCGUGAAGGGCGUUUACGACGCGGAGCGGUUCUCACGGGUCCGCGAAAACCAAAAAACGCCUACAAAUACAGCAAGCCCAGCAGUGGCAACAACAAAAAUAACAACAAUAAUAACAACAACAACAACAAUACGAUUAAAAACGUAAAGUGCAAUAGUAACAACAAACAAAUCGGGUCUUGUAAGAAAGAUAAACAACCGUGCGGAGGUAUUGCGACGCGAUCUCAACGUAGUUUACGGUCGAACGUGGGUGUUUGCAUUCAGGACGAUGGCAAGGAAAAUCGCUUGGAAGUCGUUAACAAGCGUCGAAAGAUGGGAAAAGCUCCGUUAAAGUCGCAAUUUGAGAAAAUAACGCAAAUUGUGUCGCAAGUACAUGAAAAAACGGUGAAAUUAGGCGAACAAUUGUCCUCGUCAUCCGUUACUGCAAUGGUUGGUUCGUGCGAACUUGAUCUCAAAUCCGUAUCUCAAUAUGAAUGUGAUAGUACGACAGGCGUGGAUAGCACCGAUGCUCAUUACUACCCAAGUUCGAGCGAAAGUUCGAAAUGCUCGAGUGUCAGUAACAUGGAAAUAGCUGUUCCCGAAAUCGAUUCAACCACCGACACGCUUCCCGAUGCCUCCGUUAAUUUGGCAAGUACUUCCUGCCUCUACUCGCAAACGAAGGAAUUUGUGUCAUAUUUCGACGAUGAGUCCUACAAAAAUGCCGAAAUGUGUUCGUACACAGACUUUUUGCCGAUGCCCCUUUUGAACCUUCGCGGCACGUUUUUCAAUUGCAACGACGCCAAUCCAUCAGGAGCAAAUAAUACGGAAACAAAUGAUCGCAUCGACGCAACUACAAUCGAAAAUCUCAAGGCAUUAGCCAAUUAUCCUCAUAUUGAGUGUUCGCCAAGCACUUCUGCUUCAACAGCUUCAAAUAGUAACAUCAUCACAUCGUGUCAUCAACAACAACAACAAACACAGCAAGAGAACAGCUUAAUUUACAGUGCACCCGAAGAAAAUUACGAUCAGUGUCACGAUCAAGACAAAGAAACGGAUUCGGAUGAACUUCAAAGUGACGAGCAACUCGAAUGCGAAGAAGGAAAUGAUUCUCAUGCAAAUUCGCAAGACGAUAUGCAAUGGGAUGCCUUCGAUCCGUAUCUCUUUAUCAAGCAUUUGCCUCCUUUGACGAACGAAAUGCGAUGCAAAUGUCCCGCUUUGCCGCUUAAAACUCGUUCCAGCCCGGAAUUUAGUCUCGUUUUGGAUCUCGACGAAACACUCGUGCAUUGCAGCUUACAAGAACUCUCGGAUGCGAGUUUCAAAUUUCCCGUACUUUUCCAAGAAUGCAAAUAUACCGUCUUUGUACGAACUCGCCCACACUUUCGACAAUUUUUGGAACGCGUUUCGCAGUUAUUUGAAGUUAUUUUGUUCACGGCAUCAAAACGCGUUUAUGCAGAUAAGUUAUUGAACUUACUCGAUCCUGAAAGGAAGUUGAUUCGUCAUCGUCUCUUCCGCGAACAUUGCGUACUUGUCAAUGGAAAUUACGUCAAAGAUCUCAACAUUUUGGGACGAGAUUUGUCUAAAACGAUCAUUAUCGAUAAUUCGCCGCAAGCAUUUGGAUAUCAACUUGAGAACGGCAUUCCCAUUGAAAGCUGGUUUGUGGACCAAAGCGACACGGAACUCAUUAAACUUUUGCCGUUCCUUGAGAGUUUAGCCAUGAUGGGACAAGAUGUUCGUCCUCAUAUCCGCGAGAAGUUCAGGCUUUUUUCCUUUCUACCGCCAGAUUAAUUUUAAGUUGAAAUUUUCUUUUUUUUUACUACGUAGAAAACGUACAAACUCCUCAAAACAGAUCAAAAGUUGAAAUCCGAACAAAUUUAAAAUUAAAAAAUAAAACGAACAAAAAUUAAGUUAUUUAAUUUAAAAAAGUCGCUCAUAAUUAAUAAAGUUAAAAAUAAAAAAUUGCCGUCGUCACGUGAAAAAAAUCUUUUAUAGAAAUGUAAGAACGAGAAAACUUUAUUUAGCUUUAACA